AUGGCAUCAGGCCUCACCUACAUCCUUGAUCCUUGUGACCUGCAACUCUAUGACAUCUCAGUGCAGGUGGCCAGAUUUAGCAGCAGCCAUCUUCCACAGGAGCGAAGGGAGUUGGCCAAGUUUCGAGUUGAAGAGGGCCCAAACAAGCAGGAUCAGAUGGAGGAGGCGCUGACAGGGGCCUUCCACAAGAUCGAUGAUAUGCUGCGAAGUGGUCACUAUGCUGCAGAGGUCCUGGCGCUCACGAACCCGGGGUUCUCGCAGGGUGGAGGCAUGGUGCCGGCCCCGCGAACGGCUGACGCGCACAAUGCAGGCUGCACAGCGUGUGUUUGCUGCAUCACCGACACGCAGAUCGUCACCGCGAAUGCCGGGGACAGUCGCGCGGUGCUUUGCCGCGGCGGCAAGGCGAUUCCUCUAAGCGAGGACCACAAGCCGAAUGAUGCCAGGGAGAAGCGCCGGAUCCAGGCAGCGGGUGGCUGGGUGGAGAGCUGUGGGGCCGGACAGCACAGGGUCAACGGCAACCUGAAUCUUUCACGUGCGCUGGGCGAUCUGGAGUACAAGAAGGACCAUACUCGCCGCCCAGACGAACAGAUCAUAUGCUCCACUCCCGAUGUCACUUUCCGAGAUCGCGACUUGGAGAAUGAUGAGUUUCUGGUCAUCUGCUGCGAUGGCGUAUGGGACGUAAAGACCAAUCAACAGGCAGUGGACUUCCUUCGUCAGCGCCUUCCACCAGUAGACGCCGCCGAAGACCGUGCCCUUGAACUGGCGGUAGAGGCCCUCCUGGACGACUGUGUUUCGCCUGAUCUUCGCGAAACACAUGGCUUGGGGGGUGACAACAUGACUGCCGUGGUGGUGUUGCUGAAGCCGCCAUCCAAGGCCCGAGCAGAAGUUGCCAAGACAGGGACGAGGAGCUCCAAAGAUGUAGAGCUCCCGAAGGUCCAGCUUGUCUCCUGCACUGCCCGGCCGGGAGGGAGCGCUCCCUCUGAGGCCUUCACGGGCUGCCCAUCAUCUGGUUCGGUGCAGGUUCGCCUCCAGCUGCCUCGUGGCUUCCCCGCCAGGGACGUUUCCGUUUUCCUGGCCGAGGACAAAGCUUUGCUCCAGGUGGCACUUCGAGAGCCGUCAGAAGGUGGGCCGCAGAUGCGGUCUGAGACCUUCGAACUCCAAAAAUGGCUCCCCGAGGCCUCGGUGCUUUCCUUGCCUGGCUCACCGGCAAAGUUUACUUCCAGCUCUGGACGGCUGAGGCUCGCGUUGUGCUGGACCAAACCUGCAUCGCGGACAUGCGAGCCAUGA